AUGUUCAACGCCAGUGCAACCUUGAACGUUUCACGUCUUCUCUACAACCCUUCGCUUUGUUUGCCUCAUGCUACUUUCAAGUCCUUCGACCUUCUCCAAAUUCCCUUUAGCUUCCCUACAGGAAACAUAAAGGGUGUUGUGUUGGACAAAGAUAAUUGUUUUGCUAAAGAUCAUGAUGACAAAAUUUGGCCUGAAUACACUGAAACCUGGAAAAGACUUCAAGAUGCUUAUCCAAAGGAAAACUUGCUCAUUGUGAGUAACUCUGCUGGUACAGACGAUGACAUCGAACACAAACAAGCUGAGAAGUUAGAAAGGGACACUGGUGUAACUGUUUUAAGACACUCUACUAAAAAGCCCGGUUGUCACUCCGAAAUCUUGGACUAUUUCAGUGCAAGAGGCAUUUCCAACUCUGAAAUCGUCGUCAUAGGAGACAGACUCUUCACCGAUAUUCUCAUGGCAAAUAUGAUGGGAUCGUGGGGUAUCUGGUUGAGUGAUGGUGUGGAACAGUCACAAAAACUAUUCCCCAGCCUUGAACGGAAUUUGUACUCCAGGCUUGUCACAAACAGAGAACCCCAAAACAGAUAUAAUCCCCCAACUCCACAAGAGUAAAAUAGAAGUCUCUCUUUUUUUUCUCUCCUUACCUAAAAUAUUUUGACACCUUGAAUGGCCUCGUAUCGGCACAACUUGUUCUUUGAUGCUCGCCUUCCCAGGAAUCAACCAAUUCUUUUAGAGGAUGGAAGUAGGCUUCAAGGUAUCGAAGGUUUAUAUAACUCAGAGAUCUUUAGGUUCUCCCUUCGGGGGUUUAUGUGUUCGUUGCUUCUUCAGUAUGUUAUUGCAUUUGCAUCGGUUCCCUUUGAUAACAUAGAAAAUAGACCUCCGGUGACCAUUUUAGCAGUGAUGUACACCCUUGUUAUUGUAAGUUCCAUAUGCUCCUUUUACUCAUAAUAUACACCUAAUAUCUAACCAUCUAGUUCUCUAUUUGUGCGUGUUUGUUGCCCAUGUCUACUUCAGUUGUCCCAACAAUGACAACAAAAGUGUGUCAGAUGAUUACGAGUAUUCUAGAAUUUCUUGGAGUGGCCCUAAAUGUCGCCUCGGUGGUGUUUUGCCUUAAUGUAGAUGUCAUGUAUCUGAAAGAAACAGAUAGUACUGGGAAAGUUAUUAAGGUUGAAAUUACUUCAUAUGUCCAGGUAAUGGCUUGUCUAUUGUUAGUAUCAACAGCUGUUGCUUUUGCAUUUUCCUUUUUGAAUUCACUUAUCACUAUCCGAGGAUUAUCCAAUUUGAGAAAUAGAAAUGACCGCAGAUCAAAGAAUGAUCCAGAAUUUGAAAUGGUUACAGUUCUCCCUCCACAUAUAGCUACGAAGAUCGA